AUGAAGAAUCCUGUAGCUACUGUCAAACUUGAACUUCUUGAGGUUAUCCAUCGGCUUGAUGAUCGGUCAGCUGCUCUAAUCCUGGUGCUCCUGUGUGACGGGCAGCUGAACGUUGGUCAGCUGGAGACAGAAUCCGACCCAGCCCUAGAGACUCACCUCCAGGCAGUUCGGACUCUUGUGCCAACAUCAACCAACCAUAGUGUAGCUAAAGCUGUCAGGAGUCUUUGUGGUUCAUUGUUGACGGAAGGAAACAUAACAACAUUUUCCCAUUCUGUGAUUUAUGAUGUCUGUGUGUCUGUCUUAUACAGCACUGAACCUGAGUUUGUUCGUAGACAUUUCAGCAUCCAGUUUCUCAUGAAACAUGUGCAGGAUCAGCAAAGCGACAUGAUAAUUCCUGUCAAUGAACACCAGCUAAUCAUUCCUUUCUCAGACCCAUACAGUGGAACACUGGUGGACAGGAUGGUUGGCUCUCUUGUCUAUGAUGGAACUUUAAGCACAUACAUUAUGCACCCUAUAUGGAAAAGAGAGGAAAUAGUCAAGAAAUUACAUCAAAUGAUCAAAGAUACAGAUUCCCUGCCAAAUCAUGCCAGGCACAAUAUUUUCUGUUACGCCUGCUUCACUUGGAACAAAUCCAUUAUGGCAAAACUUCUUCCCCACUGUGACAUCAAUAGUCGUGAUUUGAAUGGAUGGACACCUGUUUGGUAUUCUGUUGCCUCUGGACACAAGGAUAGUUUAAAAUAUAUCAUAGGUCAUAAAGAUCCUACAAAACUCAGUGGUGAUGACAAAAACAGUUUCCUACAUGUUGCUAGUGAAUAUGGGACAGCUUCAGUUGUAGAGUACCUACUGAACGACCUGAAAUGUGAUAUCUACAGUCAAGGAGCAGACGGCUGGACACCAGUCACGCGUGCAGUGUUUGCUGGGAAGAAGGAUGUAUUGAAUGUUUUACUGAACCACAAAAGUUUACCAGAUUUCAUCAUCAAUAGGGCGCUUCAUCUGGCAUGUGAGUGGGGGAAAAUCUCCAUGACUUCACUGAUGGAUAUUAGUUCUCCUGGUAAACAUGGUCAGACACCCAUAAUGAGUGCAAUAGCUUCAGGAAAGAAGAAAAUAUUCGACCUUCUUGUGUCACGGAAAGCUGACAUCAAUCUGAGAGAUGAUGGCAACAACAGCCUCCUUCAUUUGGCAUGUGAGCCAGAUGAUACGUCAAUUUUACAGACUCUCCUGCCACACAUUGACAUCAACAUACCAGGUCAACAUGGCUGGACACCGGUGAUGAAGGCAGCCGUGAAUGGAAGAAAGGAUAUAUAUGACCUGCUUGUGAAGGAGAAAGCAGAUCUUAAACUGACUGAUGACGAUGGUAACAAUCUCCUCCAUCUUGCUUGCCACGGAGGAAAUGUCUCCAUUGUGAAUCACCUUCUCCCACAAUUUGACAUCAACAGUCGUGGAGGCAGCGGGUGGACGCCAGUGAUGUAUGCGGUUGUCAAUGGACACAAGGUUAUGUUCAACUUUCUCGUGUCCGAAGGGGCUGAUCUCUCUCUAACGGAUGACUAUAACAACUCGGUGUUUCAUUUAGGAUGCCUGGGAGGAAAUGAAGCCAUAGUGAAGGCUCUACUGCCAAAGGCGGAUUUGAACAGUCAGGGAAACCUUGGGAGAACAGGUGUUAUGAAGGCUCCUUAG